GGUGGUAAGCCCCGUUCUCUCGUAGUCUCAUACAUGUUCUAUUCUCCUCUCUUCUUCUCCAGCUCUCUCCCUGACGAUCCAUCUUAGCUGAAGCCGAAGGUUACAGGAAGUUCGGCGAGGUGUGCUGCGUGUUGUCUAGCUGAUGAAGCAGCAUCAUCGGAGGAGUUGUGCGUUUGGGACUGUGCUCUAUUAGGUCUGAUUGGUCUGUGAUUUGCUCGGAGGACUCGCUAGCUGGGCCGGCGAACAAGAGAUUUGGUGCUCAAAGCUUUGUGAGCGAGGCUUCCCCUCUUCCUGCGGUAUACUUUACAGGAGCUCGGUGGAAUAGGAUGGACACUUUCUCCCAUGUGCCCCCUGGAUUCCGUUUCCACCCCACCGACGAGGAACUCGUCGACUACUACCUGAGGAAGAAGGUGGCGUCGAACAAGAUCGACCUCGACGUCAUAAAAGACAUCGAUCUGUACAAAAUUGAGCCUUGGGAUCUCCAAGAGAAGUGCAAGAUCGGAAUGGAGGAGCAGAACGAGUGGUACUUCUUCAGCCACAAGGACAAGAAGUACCCGACGGGCACCCGCACCAACCGGGCGACCACCGCCGGGUUCUGGAAGGCGACGGGGCGGGACAAGCCCAUCUACACCAAGAACUGCCUCGUCGGGAUGAGGAAGACGCUCGUCUUCUACCGCGGCCGCGCGCCCAACGGCCAGAAGUCCGACUGGAUCAUGCACGAGUACCGCCUCGAGACCGCCGAGAACGGGACCACCCCUGAGGAAGGAUGGGUGGUCUGCCGGGUGUUCAAGAAGCGAGUGGCGACCGUGCGGAGGAUGGCCGACGGCGCGCCGUGCUGGUUCGACGACCACGUCGCCGGCUUCAUGCCGGACCUCGGCUCGCCGAGGCAGCUGAUGAUGCAACACCACCACCACCCGAGCACAUCGGCGGCGGCGGCGGCGUACGGCGGCCAGCAGCAGCUCUACCACUGCAAGCCGGAGCUGGAGUACCAUCACCUCCUGCCCAGCCAGGAGGCAGCCUUCCUGCAGCAGCUUCCUCAGCUGGAGAGCCCCAAGCCUCCCGCCUACAUCGCCCAAGGGAGCUCCAGCCUCCAGUCCUCCGACGAGGCCUCCAUCAGGUACACCGCCGCGCAGCAACCAGACAUUGAGGCCGCCUACAUGGCCGCCGCAGGCGACGACGACUCGGUCACCGAUUGGAGGGUGCUCGACAAGUUCGUCGCGUCUCAGUUGUUCAGCCACGGCGAUGGCACCACGAAAGAGGCCGCUUACUCCAACCCCACCCAGGUGUUUCAGGCCGGAAGGAACAAGCAGAGAGAAGAGGCGCUGGACUAUGCCUCCACGUCUGCCAAUGGUGGUGGCGGCGGCAGCGAGGCUGAUAUGUGGAAAUAGCUGCUGAAGAACGUACAUGAACCCGCAUACAGUUCAUAUAUACCUCCCAAAUCUGAUUUAUAGUGUACAAACAUAUAUAGCAGGCAAUACAUGUCAUGGCUCAUGAAGAUAUACCUAUGCAUAAUAAACAAGUAACCAAAGUGGUUAUAUAAAUUGUUUGACAUCAGGUCUCAGGAUCUGGUGUUAAUAAGGUAUGUAGCUAGCUGAAAGCUGAAGCUAAGGAGCUUCAGUAACUGACUUGACAAUUUGUAAAAAUGGUCAAGCUGUCGAUGGACUUCUAUUUGUGCGGUCCAUCGUCCAAAACGGCAGCUCUCUGGUCGCUGCCGAUGCAUCAGCAAUAUUUGUGAAAUGGAGUGGAAAGUUUAUUUACUGAGACACUCCUGUGUUGGACUUCUGUUUUGGA